AUGUCUGGUCAAAGUGAUCUUGAUCGUCAAAUCGAACAAUUAAGGGCAUGUAAACUUAUUACGGAAGACGAAGUAAAAGCUCUAUGUGCAAAAGCCAGGGAGAUCCUUAUUGAAGAAAGCAAUGUGCAGUGCGUAGAUUCUCCGGUUACAGUAUGUGGUGAUAUUCAUGGCCAGUUCUACGAUUUAAUCGAAUUGUUCAAGGUUGGUGGAGAUGUACCGGACACUAACUAUCUCUUCCUCGGUGAUUUUGUUGAUCGCGGAUAUCACAGCGUCGAGACAUUCCUUCUUCUCCUUGCACUGAAGGUCAGGUAUCCAGACAGAAUUACACUCAUACGAGGCAACCAUGAAAGUCGGCAGAUAACAAUGGUUUACGGAUUUUAUGAAGAAUGUCUGAGGAAGUACGGCUCAGCGAUGGUCUGGCGACAAUGUACUGAGAUAUUUGAUUAUCUGUGCCUUUCUGCUAUUAUCGACGGAAGGAUAUUUUGUGUUCAUGGAGGCCUAUCACCUACAAUUACAACAUUGGAUCAAAUCCGUACCAUUGAUCGUAAACAGGAAGUCCCACAUGAUGGUCCAAUGUGUGAUCUCUUGUGGUCUGAUCCGGAAGAGACUGCUGGUUGGGGGGUGAGCCCCAGAGGUGCUGGCUAUUUAUUUGGCUCUGACGUUGUAGCCAAUUUUAAUCAAUUAAAUCGAAUCGAUUUCAUAUGUCGUGCACAUCAAUUAGUUAUGGAAGGUUAUCGUUGGCAUUUUCAUGAAAGUGUUCUUACUGUAUGGUCUGCUCCAAAUUAUUGUUAUCGUUGUGGUAAUGUUGCCGCUAUUUUACGUUUAAAUGAUCGAUUAGAUAAAGAAUUUUCUAUAUUUGAAGCUUCACUACAGGAUGCCCGGGGUAUACCAGCUCGUCGACCAAUACCAGACUAUUUCCUCUAA